GACUGCUAUGGUUAGUUCUUUUGAGCCCAUUACUUAAUUGGAUGGAUGAGGCCUUUUUAGAAAUGGGGCUUGAGUUGGGAUAAUAUGGGCUAGUUUGCUGAGCGUUUUAGUUGGUGGAGAGGCUCUGCAAUAAUGUAGGCCCAUGCUCUUAGACUGCAAAGCCGGACAAAAAUAUUUACAUCUGGAAGUAAACUUCUCGAUUCCUCGGAGAUAAAUCUUUUAUAGGUCAUGUCCUUGAUUCCUUGUGGAAUUCGAAGAUCUGUUAAUAAUAAACACAAAGGUUUGUUGCCUCCUUUAAUAGCCACAAAGCGUAAAUAUCAAGUAAAGAAAAACAAAAAGCCUCUCCUUUUGCAGUCUAUGGCCAAGAAUUUGCCACAGCCUUAACCAAUUGUGAACCAACUGCUCAAAAUUCAAAAUGGGUGAUGCCCAAAAUCCAAAAUUUCAAUGAACAAAUGCUAAUGUCAGGCAAAGAAUUUGGGCUCCAAUCAGCAUUGAUUUAUCCAGGGACCAGACAGAAAACAAAAUGUUGUCUAAUGGGCAUGGUGGACCAAUAUACGUGUCCUCCCCUAGCACUUCCACCGCUUUCCAAACCAGUCUCUCCACGUGGCAGAAACAUAUUGGUUAGAAGAUCCUCACAAAAAGUAUACGGGGCAGUAACAUAUAGGCUUUCGUUGCUCCAUCUCCAAGUCACAUGGCCGUCUAGCUAGAAACUCGAAAUCUUUUACGUGGAUGUUCCAGAUGAAAGUUGAAGGGUUGGUUCUUGUUCGAGUAAAUUAAGUUUAGGGAAUGUGCUCAAGGACCUAAAGCAUGGGCUUCUCUGCUGCUCUUCGCCCCAAUCUUCCAGCCACCUCUCCUCUUCAUUGCCGCGACUCAGCCUUGCUGAGGAGUGAUUGGAAACAGAAAACAUUACCAUUUUUGGAUGUAAAGAAAGGGAAAGGCUUUUCUCUGGUCAUUGUUAAAUCUAUCUUAGAUAACAGCAAGUCAAGCAUUAACGACAAUGGGGCAACUGGAUCUGCAAGAAUUCUUCUUGAGAGAUUGUUUGCACAGGUCCAGAAACUUGAACAAGGAAUUAGCAGAGAUGGUCAAGAGCUUGAGGAUUUUCACCUGGUUUUGAACCUUGAGACUCUGGAGUCUGAUCUGCAAGCUGCUUUGUCAGCCUUCAAGCGAAAGGAAGAUGAUCUGCAGGAUGCGGAAAGAACGGUUGUAUUGGAGCAAAGUCAAUUGAGCCGUGCGAAGAACGAGUUGGAGCAACGUGAGAAAGAAAUUGCUGCUGCGUCUUCAAAGCAUGAAAAACUGGAAGAGGAGCUAAAGCAGGCAAAUCUUGCAUUUGCUUCUCAAGCGAGUCUGAUGGAAGAUUUGAAGCUUCAGGUCAAAGAACGAGACCAGGAGAUCGUAGCUGCAAAAUCUGCACUGUCUGUGAAAGAAGAUGAAAUGGUUAAAAUGAGGAAUGAAAUGGAGAAGAAGAGUGAGGAAGCUGCCAAGAUUGAAUCUGAACUUAAUUCAAAGUCGCAGCUCUUGAAUGAAGCCAAUGAGGUUAUGAAGAAGCAAAAAAUUGAGCUUCAAGGACUCCAAGAAGCAAUUCGAGAGAAAGAAGAGCAGUUAGAAACUUUUGUGACACUAAGGAAACUUGAAGACGAGGAGCUGAAAGCUGCCGAGUCUAAAUUGCAGCAGCAGACAAUGGAGUGGUUAUUAGCACAAGAAGAACUGAAAAAACUGGCUGAAGAAGCAUCAUACGUGGGAGAAGCUAAUGAAACCUUUGAAGAUUUCAGAAGAGUGAAGCAGCUACUUUCUGAAGUGAGGUCUGAGUUGGUUUCUUCUCAGAAAUCUCUGGCAUCCUCCAGACAGCAAACGAAACAACAAGAACAGUUAUUGGAAAAGCAACUGGAAGAGCUUGAAGAACAGAAGAGAAGUGUUGAAUCAUACAUGGAAAGUUUGAAAAAUGGCCAGAUAGAAGUUGAGAGUGAAAGAGUGAAGCUUAGGGUUGUGGAGGCUCGAAACAAGGAGCUUGAACGGGAUUUAUCUGUGAAGAAAGAACUAAUAGAAGAGUUACAAGAGGAGUUGAAGAAAGAGAAAUCUUCACUUCAUCAGGCUGUCCAGGAUGUCUCUUUUCUUCAACAGAAGUUAGAGCAAAAGAAUGCUGAGUUUGGUGAAAUGAGCAAUGUUCUGCAAAGUAAAGAAGCAGAUUUGGUGGAUGCUAAGCUCGAAAUCCAGCAUCUGCAAUCUGAGCAGGCUUCUUUUCGGCUUAUCUUGGAGGAGAAAGACCUGGAACUCUCCAAUGCCAGGAAGAAGUUAGAGCAAGUAAAUCAGGAGAUUGCAGAGGUGAAGAUGCUUAUGAGUAGUAAAGAAAAUCAGCUCAUUCAAGCGACUGCUUUAUUGAAGGAGAAAGAUGAACAUGUUCAGAGAGUACAGGAUGAGUUGAAUGACACGAAGAUGAAAUUCUCUGAAGCUGAAACUGUAAUAGAACGAAUUGCAGAUCUCACAAACAGACUAGUUAUCUCUGUUAAGGACGAAGAUAAUAGUGUGCUGAGGCCUGUGGAUGACGUGGGCUAUGAAUUAAUGCAUCAGCUGGUAGAUAGACCUCCUAAUGAUUUCAAAUUGCAGAAAAAACAGCUUGAAACAGAACUCAAAUUCACCAAAGAGAGCUUAAAAGUUAAAGAAAUGGAAGUUCUUGCUGCACAAAGGGCUCUCACAAUAAAAGAUGAGGAGCUCAAAAUGGUUCUUGGGAGGUUGGAGGCAAGGGAAAAAGAAGUACAAAGACUGAAGGAAGAAAUGGUUGAAGAUGGCAAUGAUUUGUGGAAACUUUAUGCUUUGGCGCAAGGGAGAAUUGGGGAGAAAAGUAUUGGCGACUUGGCUAUUGAGAAGCUUCAACUCGAGGCAGCUCAACUGGAAGUUGAAGCUGCCAUUAGCGCUCUUCAAAAACUAGCUGAAAUGAGCCGUGAACUCUUGAAUAAAGCUAGCGCGAGUAUUGAGAUGGAUUAUGAUACCGGUAUCUUCCUGCAAGGUAAUUCUGAUCCUAUAAUUAGCAUGAUUGAGAACAAUGAAUCCUUCACCGAGGUUAAAACAGGAGUAGCCAGGCUUUCAGCUUUGACAGAGCAGCUGGUAAUAGAUGCUGGAAUUGUUGGUUCACACCUUCAAAGUUGAAGCGCCUGACUGGGUUUUGUAUAUAGAUUUCUGACCUUUUUCGGCUUUCAAUUAUUGGGUGGGAUUAGAAAGUGGCCCGUUCAUCUAAGCAAAAUAUUGGGUCGUAGGUUAGUUGCCCGCUCGUUGGACCGUUAAUCAUGUUCUCAUCGUUCGUGCAGCUGUGAAACCUAUUUGUUCUUUGUUUUUUUAAU